GACUUUCUUCACUUGCAAAAUUCAUCCUCCGCCAGCUGUUUUGCUCAAUCAUUACAAGUUUUGAGUCUUGUUGAACAUGGCCACUAAUCUGGUUCUAAUUUCUCGUCAAAUCCGACAGAAAUUAGCGAAUUGCGCCACUCUCACCGCUCAAAGGCAAGUGCUGAGUGCCAGUUUUGCUAGUGAUGGUUCGAAGCUGAAGGCCACUCAAAAAGAUGCCAAAGAACUCUUGGCUAGUCCCGAAGAGCGAACCCAUCAGAAGCAGAUGGAAGGCUACAUUACAGUCGAUGCCAAGGUUGAUAUUUCACCAGUGACUGGUGUUCCUGAAGAGCACGUUAAGAAUCGCAGGGUCAGGAUCUUUGUUCCUGCCAAAAACUCCAUGCAGUCUGGCACUGACAACAUCAAGGCCUGGCAAAUGGAAUUCGAAACUAGAGAGCGAUGGGAAAAUCCUCUCAUGGGCUGGAGCUCUUCAGGUGACCCUUUAUCUAAUCUGAAAUUGCAAUUCAAAAACAAAGAGGAGGCCAUUGAUUACUGUGACAAGAACGGAUGGAAGUGGUUCGUCCAGGAGCCAAACACCAAGACCCCAAAACCAAGGUCCUAUGGCGCUAAUUUCCACUGGAGCAAUAAGUCUCGUGUGUCCACCAAGUAAUGUGGCUGUUCUGUGUAUAGAUUUCUCCUUUAAAUUGCUGUGUAAUUGUAAACGAAUAAAAUAUCAAAAAAUGUUCAACAAAAUAUUAUUGCGUAACUGAUAAAUUACAUUUUAAUUAGUAAUUAUAUUAAAAUCUAAAUACCAAAGAAGGAA